CUAAAAAGGCGCACGAAGAACGACCUCCACGCCAGCCGCGGCAGGAUCUCUCACGACCAUGAGCUUACUCCGGAUGCGCCCGAAGGCGAUUCCGAACGAUAGGAACAAGCAGUUUGUGUCACCCAGUGGACCAUCCCCACCCAGUCGGCGGUCAGACAACUACAAGUCGGGCGACAUGGUCAUCAAGAACUUGCCCUUUCUUUCCUUCCUGAACCCACUCCGGGAUUUGGAUUGCUUGUUCAAACCAUUCAAGUCUCCUUGCGAAAGCCUUCGAACUCAAGAAAGUGUUCGGUUGCUCAGCGUCAAGACGCUCGGGUCGCGACGUCGAUGGGGCAACAUCCCAACAUCCAUGGCAAAAGUCCAGCCUGCCGUCGACGUAGUUAUGGAUUUUGUCCAAGAUGCGCCACAGGAUGCUGAACCUGAAGAAACGAAGAAGGAUGAUGGACCAGCCGCCGAGCCACUCGUGCUAUGGUCCGGUGAGGUCGAUGGACAAGAUGUCGAGACAGUUGUUCCUGAGAUCAUUGGCAAAUUCCUUCGCCCGCAUCAGCGUGAGGGCGUCCAGUUUAUGUUUGAUUGUGUCAACGGUAUUCGUGGAUUCGAAGGCAAUGGUUGCAUCUUGGCAGAUGACAUGGGUCUGGGGAAAACGCUGCAGAGCAUUGCCAUCAUGUACACGUUACUCUGCACAAGCAUGGAAAACCCUGACCAACCGACGAUCAAUCGAGCUGUCGUGGUGUGCCCGACGUCGUUAGUGAAGAACUGGGACGACGAAGUCGUCAAGUGGCUCAAGGGCAAGGUCAAGACCAUCGCGCUGUAUGAGUCUGGCAGGGAAAACGUGAUCAGUGGCAUCCUCAGUUUUAUCAACGGCAGCAAAUGGGCCAACAAAAGCAUGGCCCCAAAAGUUCUCAUCAUUUCGUACGAGACGUUUCGCAUGCAUGCCGAGAAGUUCGUGAAUGAACCGCAAGCGUGCGAAUUAUUGAUUUGUGAUGAAGCCCAUCGACUCAAGAACGCUCAAUCCCAGAUCAAUCAAGCCCUUGCAGCAUUGCCGUGUCGGCGCCGCAUCUUGCUCUCAGGAACUCCGAUGCAAAACGACUUGGAGGAGUUUUAUGCGAUGGUGGACUUUACCAAUCCAAACAUAUUGGGCGACACUCGCGAGUUUCGACGGCGAUACUUGGGUCCUAUCCUGGUGGGCCGCGAGCCCGAUUGCUCCGAUCACGACCGAAAACUGGCCCAGAGGUGCUCGGGGGAAAUGUGCGAAAUUGUCAACCAGUUCAUCCUCAGACGGACGAAUUCGUUGAAUGCCAAGUUCCUCCCGCCAAAACUAACACAGGUUGUGUGUUGCAACCUGUCGUACAUUCAGCAUCAAAUGUAUUCGCACUUCCUGCACUCGAACGCAUACCGGAACAUGAUGAAGAAAAAUAGCACCCAUGUACUGUCGUCCAUCACCGCACUCAAGAAGCUGUGCAACCACCCUAGCUUAAUUAUUGAACAGCAAGCAAGUGGCCAAACCAAAGUCGCAGCUGGGUUUGAAGAUUGCAUGGCGUACCUCCCUGAACAAGGCCAUCGCAACCGGUCUUGCCACCCCGAGUGGUCAGGCAAGUUUCAAGUAUUGGACAGACUCAUGCAAGUCAUGCGGCGGAAGACAGAUGAUCGCAUCGUGAUUGUAUCGAAUUACACCCAGACGUUGGAUGUUGUGUCGGCCCUUUGCCGUGAGCGCAAUUUCCCAUCUGUUCGGCUUGACGGUUCAACGUCUGCGAAGAAACGAAAAAGCCUCGUCGAUGUCUUCAAUGAUCCAAAGACCAACUCGUUUGCGUUUCUUCUGUCGAGUAAAGCGGGUGGCUGUGGCCUCAACUUGAUCGGCGCGAAUCGGUUGGUGCUAUUCGACCCAGACUGGAAUCCAGCCACAGACAAACAAGCUGCCGCGCGCAUUUGGCGAGAGGGGCAAAAGAAGCAAUGUUUUAUUUAUCGCUUUGUUGCAACUGGUACGCUGGAGGAAAAGAUAUUCCAGCGGCAGUUGUCAAAAGAAGGUCUCCAGAGCAUCGUGGACGACAAGGAAGAAGUGAACUCGCUGUCGACCAAGGAUCUUAAGAGGCUUUUUGUGUUUAUGGAGGGCACCCCGUCCGACACACACGAUCAGCUCAAGUGCCAACGCUGCAAAAUUUCCGACGAAAACGAACACUGCGACCAUUCGAUGAUGGUUGAGCCACAAAUUGGUAUGCCUGCCGAAGAAGACUUGAACAACUGGAGCCAUCAUUACUCGUACGCUACGGUUGAGGAUGAAAUCAUGCAAGAAGCACAAGCAAACCAGAACUUGGUGAGCUUUGUGUUUAGCUGUCGAGUGGAUUGGGAACUGUUCCAAGUCCGAGCUGAAAAAGAGCGGCAAGAACAACUGGCAAUUGACCAAGAAAACUUGUUAAAAACCAACAACCGUCACAGCAGCGACGAUGGCGAAGACGGUGACAGUGCGCCAUCCACCGAUGAGGUCGACAUCGAACAGCAGCUGCCAACGACCUCCAAACGAAUACGAAGCACGGGCAGGAGUUGCAUUGCCAAGGACAAACCACACACUGGUCGCAUCAAGCGACGUCCAGAAAAGACGUACGACAGCUCGGAGGAAGAAUUAUCGGACGACGUCGGAGAUUCCCAGAGCGAUAACGACGAGUUCCUGUACGAGAAGCCGCCUACAGCGAAAAGACCCAAACCUGUUGAAUUGAGCGAGAGCGAAGUCGAAUUUGAAGGAGGGACGACGGUGGUGCAGAGGCACCAGCCGGCUCGCAUGGAAGUAAUCUCUGGAGCGAACAACGACUGCCAUGAUGUCCAGGAGGAGCAGAGCGUCGAGUCGUCUAACACUUUGGAGAUGCAUUCGACGGAGUCACGUGGAUAUGCCUCCCCUCGAGACGACGAAACAAAGGAAGAGGUUAUUUGGGCGUGCAAUCGAUGCACCAUGCACAACCCGAUCGAGGUCGAUUCGUGCGAAGGGUGUGGAAUGCCCCAACCUCGCCGAGCCAAGAAGCACCUGUCGCCUUCGAUUUACGUCGAAUAGAAAAUUUCCAGUUUGUGUGGCG